AGGAGGAGGCUAUCAGCAAAACGACCACUCCUUCCCAUAUUGUGCAGUCUUGUUGAGGCGGAGUCAUUUCAAAAGGCGGUCAGCCAACACAAGGAAAGUCACCGACAGCACUGCCUGCAUCAGCUCCUAACUUGUAUUUCAACGAGAAUAAUUAUUAUUUGACAGAAUUUCUCCAGUCGAGGUUGAUCCGUAUUCCAGUCGCUGCUGAAAUGUCUGAUUUAGAGAGACUGAAGAUGACGGGCGCUGGGAAAGCUAUCGCCUUGUUGACAAGCGGCGGAGAUGCACAAGGAAUGAAUGCAGCUGUCCGCGCUGUGACCCGGAUGGGGAUAUUUGUUGGAGCCAAGAUGUAUCUCGUAUAUGAGGGCUACCAGGGUCUGGUGGAUGGAGGGGACAACAUCAAGCUGGCCCACUGGCAGAGUGUCACCAACAUCAUACAACAGGGUGGCACGGUGAUCGGCAGUGCUCGCUGUAAGGUCUUCACCACGCGGGACGGGCGCCUGGCAGCAGCCUUUAACCUGGUGAAGAGAGGCAUCGCCAAUCUGUGUGUGUGUGGAGGAGACGGCAGCCUCACCGGAGCUAACAUCUUCAGGAGCGAGUGGAGUGGACUGCUGGCUGAAUUGGUUCAGAAAGGCCGGAUCACAGACACCCUAGCAAAGCAGCAUGAUCACCUGAACAUCGUAGGAUUGGUUGGAUCAAUAGACAACGACUUCUGUGGGACAGAUAUGACCAUCGGGGCCGACUCCGCCCUGCAUCGCAUCAUGGAGAUAGUGGACGCCAUCACUACCACCGCACAGAGCCACCAGCGUGCAUUUGUCCUCGAGGUCAUGGGACGCCACUGUGGGUAUCUAGCGUUGGUGUCCGCGCUGGCCUCCGGAGCAGACUGGCUCUUCAUCCCAGAGGCUCCACCAGUAGACGGAUGGGAAGACCACAUGUGUGCCCGUCUGGAGCAUACUCGCAGUAGGGGUUCUAGACUGAACAUAGUAAUCAUCGCUGAAGGGGCCAUCGACAGAGCUGGUGAACCCAUCUCUUCAAACUACGUCAAGGAUCUGGUAGAGAAGAGGCUGGGCUAUGACACCCGGAUCACUGUCCUCGGUCAUGUACAGCGGGGAACACCCUCAGCCUUCGACCGGGUGCUGAGCAGUAAGGUGGGAGUGGAGGCAGUAGUCGCUCUGUUAGAGGCCACUCCAGAGACCCCGGCCUGUGUCAUCGGUCUGUCAGGAAACCAGGCUGUGCGCCUGCCUCUUAUUGAGUGUGUACAUAUGACUAAAGAAGUCCAGAAGGCCAUGAAUGAAAAGAGGUUUGAUGAAGCCAUCCAACUGAGAGGAAGGAGCUUUGAGAACAACUGGAACAUAUACAAGCUGCUUGCCUUUCAGAAACCUGCUGUUACCAAGAGCGAUCACACGCUGGCGGUGCUGAAUGUGGGAGCUCCGGCAGCAGGGAUGAAUGCUGCGGUCCGGUCUGCUGUCAGAGUGGCGCUGGCCUACGGUCACAAGGUCUACUCUGUCAAUGACGGCUUUGAGGGGCUGGCCAACGGAGCGGUGACCGAGAUCGAGUGGCACGGUGUGGCUGGAUGGACUGGCCAGGGUGGAUCUCUACUGGGGACUAAACGAACCCUUCCCAGUACUUGCAUGCAGAAGAUCGUGGACACCAUCAACAAGCAUGGAAUCCAGGCUCUGCUGAUCGUCGGUGGAUUUGAGGCAUACGAGGGCGUGCUGGAGUUAUAUGAUGCUCGUGGUAGUUUUGACGAGUUGUGUAUCCCGAUGGUGGUAAUUCCUGCCACUAUCAGUAAUAACGUGCCCGGGACAGACUUCAGUCUGGGGGCUGACACGGCCGUCAACGCUGCUAUGGAGAGUUGUGAUAGGAUUAAGCAGUCAGCUUCAGGGACCAAGAGAAGGGUGUUCGUGGUGGAAACUAUGGGAGGCUACUGUGGUUACCUGGCAACCUACGCCGGUAUCGCCGUGGGAGCGGACGCUGCUUACAUCUUCGAGGACCCCUUCACCAUCCAGGACCUAAAGACUAACGUGGAGCAUCUCACAGAGAAGAUGAAGGAAGACGUCCAGAGGGGUCUGGUGCUGAGGAAUGAGAAGUGUCACCUUCACUACACCACUGAUUUCAUCCACAAGCUGUAUUCUGCCGAGGGGAAGGGCAUCUUCGACUGUAGGGUCAACGUGCUGGGGCACCUCCAGCAGGGAGGUGCACCGACACCCUUCGACAGAAACUUUGGCACCAAGCUGGGUGUGAAGGCUGUGCAGUGGCUCACAGAGAAGAUGAUGAACAACUUCAGACAAGGUCGUGUGUUCGUCAACGCCCCAGACACAGCGUCUGUCAUCGGCUUCAGCAAGAAGGUCCUGUCCUUCAUCCCUGUGACUGACCUUAAGGCACAGACCGACUUUGAGCACCGGAUGCCCAAGGUCCAGUGGUGGCAGAACCUGCAUCAGAUCCUGAAGAUGUUGGCCAAGCACCAGACCAACUUCAGCGAGUACGUCCCUGGAGAGAUAGAACAUGUGACCCGCCGCUCUCUCAGCAUCGACACCGGCUUCUAGAACACACGCUGACACCGGCUUCUAGAACACACACACUAACCCUGGACUGUAGACACACUGGCUUCUAGAACACACACACUAACCCUGGACUGUAGACACACUGGCUUCUAGAACACACACACACUAACCCUGGACUCUAGACACACUGGCUUCUAGAACACACACACUAACCCUGGACUGUAGACACACUGGCUUCUAGAACACACACACUAGCCCUGGACUGUAGACACACUGGCUUCUAGAACACACACACUAGCCCUGGACUGUAGACACACUGGCUUCUAGAACACACACUAACCCUGGACUGUAGACACACUGGCUUCUAGAACACACACACUAACCCUGGACUGUAGACACCGGCUUGUAGAACACACACGCUAACCCUGGACUGUAGACACACCGGCUUCUAGAACACACACACUAACCCUGGACUGUAGACACACUGGCUUCUAGAACACACACUGGCUUCUAGAACACACACUAACCCUGGACUGUAGACACCGGCUUCUAGAACACACACACUAACCCUGGACUGUAGACACACCGGCUUCUAGAACACACACACUAACCCUGGACUCUAGACACACUGGCUUCUAGAACACACACACUAACCCACUCCCAACUUGUCUGUCUUCCCUGUUUAUCUAAAGAGGGGUCCUUAUACCUGGACUGUUUCUGAGACUACCUAGACAUCAGGCCCCUGUUAUACCUGGACUGUUUCUGAGACUACCUAGACAUCAGGCCCCUGUUAUACCUGGACUGUUUCUGAGACUACCUAGACAUCAGGCCCCUGUUAUACCUGGACUGUUUCUGAGACUACCUAGACAUCAGGCCCCUGUUAUACCUGGACUGUUUCUGAGACUACCUAGACAUCAGGCCCCUGUUAUACCUGGACUGUUUCUGAGACUACCUAGACAUCAGGCCCCUGUUAUACCUGGACUGUUUCUGAGACUACCUAGACAUCAGGCCCCUGUUAUACCUGGACUGUUUCUGAGACUACCUAGACAUCAGGCCCCUGUUAUACCUGGACUGUUUCUGAGACUACCUAGACAUCAGGCCCCUGUUAUACCUGGACUGUUUCUGAGACUACCUAGACAUCAGGCCCCUGUUAUACCUGGACUGUUUCUGAGACUACCUAGACAUCAGGCCCCUGUUAUACCAGGACUGUUUCUGAGACUACCUAGACAUCAGGCCCCUGUUAUACCUGGACUGUUUCUGAGACUACCUAGACAUCAGGCCCCUGUUAUACCUGGACUGUUUCUGAGACUACCUAGACAUCAGGCCCCUGUUAUACCUGGACUGUUUCUGAGACUACCUAGACAUCAGGCCCCUGUUAUACCUGGACUGUUUCUGAGACUACCUAGACAUCAGGCCCCUGUUAUACCUGGACUGUUUCUGAGACUACCUAGACAUCAGGCCCCUGUUAUACCUGGACUGUUUCUGAGACUACCUAGACAUCAGGCCCCUGUUAUACCUGGACUGUUUCUGAGACUACCUAGACAUCAGGCCCCUGUUAUACCUGGACUGUUUCUGAGACUACCUAGACAUCAGGCCCCUGUUAUACCUGGACUGUUUCUGAGACUACCUAGACAUCAGGCCCCUGUUAUACCUGGACUGUUUCUGAGACUACCUAGACAUCAGGCCCCUGUUAUACCUGGACUGUUUCUGAGACUACCUAGACAUCAGGCCCCUGUUAUACCUGGACUGUUUGUGUCGUCUAGUUCACCAGAUGAAAAUGCUAUUUGUCUAUACUGGUUUAAAGGCUAUUCAAAACAUUUGUUUUGUGGGACCAACACAUUUAUAAUUUGUGUUCUUGUGCGACCAACACAUUUAUGUUUUGUGUUAUUGUGGGACCAAAACAUUUAUAUUUUGUGUUCUUGUGCGACCAAUACAUUUUAUUCAUUUAUUUGACCUGUUAUUCAAUUAUUUAACCUGGUAUUGUCAUGUUUGUGCCUACAUGUAAACCUGAACAAAUCACUGCCAACUAUACAGUCAAUGUAGAACACUGGAAAUCAGCUAUUACUAUUCUGGAUGUGUCUGUCUGUACAAGAUGUUCAGAAUAGCAAUAGUCGCCAAGAUAGAAAUGUGAAUUAAUGUCAUUGUUAUAAAGUAAUGUCAUAAAUAAAAUAAAAAUUGAAAGCUCUA